AUGGCCCUUUAUACAUCUGCUCUAUCGCUGCCCUCCCUCCUCACCAGCGUGGCCUACUACAAUUACUUCAUCGGCACCGUGCCCGCGCUCGGCUCGUUGCUGCUCUCACUGGACGUGCGAGGAAACUUCCUCACAGAUGUGCCCACAGCGAGCUACACGUGGUGCGGCUGCGCCGGGAACUGCAUGACCGCGACAGCAGCGGCCGCCAAGUGCAUCAGCGGCGGCACGGGCCAGCGGCCUGCGGGUGACUGUGUCCCCUGCGGCACCACCAACGCCGUGGGCCCCUUCUGUGCGUCGACGGGGGGAGCGUGCAAUCUGGACGCGAGUGGACGCAUCACUGCCGGCACUGUGAACUCGCCCUCGCAGCCCGCACUGCCCAUGGCGUGCGUGGGCGGGACGACCGUGGCCAUCAAGGAGAGCACAGCCAUGCUUGCCCUCAAGUCAUCGCUCGGCGUCACUCUCACCACGUGGGCGGCCACUGUGCCAUGCCAACUGGCGGGUCAGACCACCACGGCUGCAGUGUGGAAUGGCGUGCUCUGUGACAGCACUGGCAGUGUCGUGAGCAUCAAUCUGGCGCAGAAUCUCUUCAACUACCGCAUUGAUUCAUUCACCACCAACCUUCAAUCCUUGCCAGUGCUUGCCAACCUCGCCCUGCACUACAACUACUUAUACGGAGAAGUCCCCUCGUUUCUCGUGGGCCUUCCGAAACUCACUGCUUUGUACCCCACUCGCUAUGAAUGCCUUCUAUCCACCUCCCGUCUUGCUGCCCUCUUGCCCCUCCCCAGCGGUGCUAUCUACAACUACUUGAUUGGUACCGUGCCCGCGCUUGCCUCUGGGCUGCGCUCUCUGAACGUGCGAGGAAACUUCCUCACGGACGUGCCAGCAGCCACCUACACAUAUUGCGGCGGCGACAGCAACUGCCUGCUCACGCCCUCCAAGUGCGCCACUACUGGCACCACUCAGCGGCCCGCGGCAAACUGUGCCGUCUGCGGCACCACCAACGGCACAGGCCCCUUCUGUGCGGCAGGAGGAGUGUGCUUAGUGGACGCGACUGCAUCCGUUGCUGCCGGCACUGUGAACUCAAACUCGCAGCCCGUGCUGCCCCUGGCGUGCUCGGCACCGCCCGUGCUCGUCAAAGAAAGCGCAGCGUGCGUGCGUUUAGAGGGCCAGUGCAUCCAGGCCGUCUCCUCACGUGCUCCUUGGGGCAUCCACCCACCUCCCUCUGCCUGCCUUGCUGCCCCUGUCCCCGCGUGCCCCUCACCAGCCAUGCUCGCCCUAAAGCUCGAGCUCGGCGUCUCGUUCACCACAUGGGCGGCCACUGUGCCGUGCCAACUCGCGGGGCAGGCCGCCACAGUGAAAGUCUGGACUGGCGUGCUGUGUGACAGCACUGGGAGGGUCGUGAGCAUAACGCUGGAGAACACAAAGCUCUACGGCUCGCUUUCCACUGACAUCUCCACCCUCACUGCUCUCACCUACCUCAAUGUGCUCCUGCCCUCUCUGCUCGCCCCUCGCAGCAACCUGCCGGGCAAUUUCUUCAGAAACCGCCUCGACUCCUUCACCACGUCUCUUCGUUUUUUGCCACUCGCCGACAUCCGUCUGCACUACAACUUUUUGUAUGGAGAAAUCCCCUCGUUCCUCAUGAGCCUCCCAAAGCUGACAAAUUUCGGUGCGGUCUACAACUACCUCAUCGGCACCGUGCCUGCGCUCGCCUCCCAGCUGCGCUCUCUGGACGUGCGAGGAAACUUCCUCACGGAUGUGCCCACAGCCAACUACACGUUCUGUGGCUGUGCCGGGAACUGCAUGCUCACGCCCUCCAAGUGCAUCAGCAAUGGCACGGCUCAGCGGCCUGCGGCACAAUGUGCCUUCUGUGGCACCACCAACGGCGUGGGCCCCUUCUGUUGGGGGGCGGGAGGCGAGUGCGUGGCGGACGUGAUUGCUCUUUGGGAUAUCGGCAUCUUGAACUCGCCCUCGCAGCCCGUGCAGCCCCGUGUGUGCGUGGGCGGGUCCGUGCAGGCCAUUGCGCAGAGCGCAGCCAUGCUGGCGCUCAAGUCGUCGCUGGGCGUGACGUUCAACAGCUGGGCGGCGUCGGUGCCGUGCUCCGUGUGGGUGGUGUCGCCGUCCGUGCCCACGUGGCCCAACGUCAUCUGCGACGGCGACGGCAAUGUGGUCAGGAUGUCACUGUCGACGCAGCUCUUCCAGGCGCCCCUGGCUGCCUUCUCCUCCAACCUCCUUGCGCUCACCUUUCUCAAUGAGCUCUACCUGCCGUACAACUGGCUGUAUGGCUCUGUGCCAACUGCGCUCUUCAACCUGCAAUUGCUUUCUGUGAUUGACCUGAGCUACAACUACCUCACGGGCAGCUUCCCAGCGUCCACCACUCUGUCCAGUCUGGACAUCCGCAGCAACUUCUUCUACGCCGUCGGCACCAUGACCCUGCAGUCCUGCGCCGCCAUCUCCAACUGCCUCGCCUCUCCCGCCGCCUGCAGCUCCGCCGGCACCACGCAGCGCCCCACAGCCGACUGCGCCAUCUGCGGCUCCACCAACGGCCAGCCGCCCUUCUGUGGCGGCACCGGCACCUGCGCGCCUGACUCUGGCCCCGCAGCCGCACAGGGCACGCCCAAUGUGGCGGGCUCGGCCCUGCUGCCCAUGGUGUGCAGUGGCGUCGCCAUCGACGCUGCUGAUGCUGCGGUGCUGCUGGCGCUCAAGUCGUCGCUGGGCGUGACGCUGAACAACUGGAACACGGCAGCGCCGUGCACACUGGAGGGGCAGGCGCUGCUGCCCGCACAGUGGGGUGGUGUGCGCUGCACUGCUGCAGGCAAAGUCACGAGCAUUGCGCUCAAACGGCAGCAACUGAAGGGCUCCAUUCAUCCCGACAUCUCCAAGCUCACCACGCUCACUUACCUAGACUUCGGAUACAACCUCUUCCAGGGUCGUCUCGACUUCUUUGCCGUCCCACUCAAGCCCCUCACCUCCCUCAAGGCGCUCUUCUUCCAUUACAACUAUUUCGCCGGCUCCAUUCCUUCUGCCAUCGCCACACUGCCUCAACUCACCUCACUCGGCCUCUACUCCAACUACCUCACGGGCACCGUGCCCAUCCCCUCCAAGGCCCUGCUCGCUCUGGACGUGGGCUUUAACUUCCUCUCGGGGGUCUUCCCAAAUGUGGCGUUCAUGUUCUGUGCGGGCGAGAACAACUGCUUUGUCAACUCCACCAACUGCCGCACCUACGGCAGCGUGCAGCGCCCUGCCGGUGCCUGCGCCAUCUGCGGCACGGCGGGUGGGCAGGGCGACCUCUGCUUCGGCGGCACCUGCGCUCCCGUCGCCUCUGCUGCCAUCGCCGCUGGCACUAUCAACUCGCCCAGUCAGCCCAUCCUGCCCAUGUCAUGUGCAGACAAUCCGGCUGCACCAAUGGAUACGGGCUCAGCGGUGGCGCUGCUGAACGUGAAGUCAGCGUUGGGAGUGACGUUCUCGACCUGGGCGGCUGCUUCCCCCUGCACCAUCGCCAACUCUACUGUAACCGUUGCCGGCACCUGGACCGGCGUGCUCUGCUCCGCUUCUGGCGACGUCCUCAGCGUCAACCUCUCCUCCUCCGCCCUGGCCGGCAGCAUGCACGCUGACAUCACCAAGCUCACAGCCCUCACCUACCUCGACCUGUCCAAGAACGUGCUGCGCGCCAACCUGGCCAGCUUCGUCUCUUCCUUCUCCGGCCUCCAGGCGCUCCAGCAGCUGCGCCUCAACAACAACUGGUUUUCGGGCUCCCUGCCUCAGGCCCUCAUGUCUCUUCCCGCCCUCACUCUGCUGGACGUGCAUGCAAACGCGCUGACAGGGUCGCUGCCCGCCGUGUCAUCCACGCUGGCAGCGCUCUUCCUGCACGACAACUUCCUCGCGGGCAGCUUCGCAGCGGGCGCCCUCACCGCGUGCGACGCCAGCCUCAACUGCCUGACCAGCGCCGCUGCGUGUGGCGCCAGCAGCACCACGCAGAGGGCUGCUGCUGCGUGUGCCAUCUGCAACAGCGCAGAUGCUCAAGGGCUGCUGUGCUGGGGUGGCAUGUGCCUGCCCAACGUCACUGCCACCACCGCCCACCCUGACGGACUCGCCCCGCCGCCCAUGUACUGCGCUGGUUCUCCUGUGGUCAACAUCAGCAGCGUUGACGCUGUUGCGCUGGCGGCGCUGAAGAGUGCGAUGGGGGUGACCUUCACCACGUGGGCGCCCGCCACCUACUGCACCGUGGCGCCCACACCGCAGAUCGUCGGCACGUGGGAUGGCGUGCUCUGCAACUCCCUCGGCAAAGUCGUCUCCCUGCUACUCCCCAACAACAAGCUCACGGGCACUGUGCCGCUCGCCGUCUCCACCCUCACUGCGCUCACUGCCAUCGACCUCACCUCCAACCUCUUGCAGGGCCGCCUGGACGAAGUUGCCACGCAGCUGCGCCUGCUCACCAACCUCAAGUCCAUCGAUCUCGCCUACAACUGGCUCUCCGGCUCAGUGCCUGCGUUCAUGCUCACCCUCCCCAGCCUCACGAAGAUCACUCUAGGCUACAACUACCUGACGGGCGCGCUGCCCCCGGUGACAUCCCCGCUCGCAGUGGUGGACGUGCAGUUCAACUUCCUGGGCGGCACCUUCCCCGCGCUCACGCUCUCCCGCUGCGCCGCGCGCAUGAACUGCUUCCUCGACGCCUCCAAGUGCAACUACCCCAACCGCGCCGCCGAGCUCCCGCGCGCCGCUGCUGCCUGCGCCAUCUGCAACACCACCAACGCGCAGGGCCGCCUGUGCAGCGGCGGGCUGUGCACCGUCAACGCCACGGACCUCGUGGCACUCGGUGCUCCCAACAGUGCCGCGUCUCCCACACUGCCGCUCAUCUGCGUGGGAGCGGCGUUUGUGGCGAUGGACUCGGUGCAUGCAGCAGCCAUGCUGAACCUCAAGGCGUCGCUGGGAGUGACCUUCACUGAAUGGAAGGCCGACUCGCCCUGCUCCCUGCCCGAUGCCGUCGCCCCCGGGUCAUGGAGUGGGGUAGCCUGCGACGCCACUGGCAAAGUGCUCAGCAUAGUGCUGGGUUCCCAGAAGCUGGCGGGCAGCAUCCACUCCGACAUCUCCAAGCUCACCACGCUCACCUUGCUUGACCUGCAGUCCAACCUGCUGCAGGGGCGGCUGGACUCCUUCACAGCCAGCAUCAAGACGCCCCUCGUGCUCAAGGAGCUCGCUCUGCAGUUCAACUACCUUGUUGGUCCGUUCCCCUCCACGCUGCUCGCCCUCUCCACUCUCUCCAAGCUCUCCGUGGGCUACAACUACCUCACGGGCCCCUUUCCCACCGUGCCAGCAUCCGCCAAGUCGCUGGACGUGCAGGGCAACUUCCUGUCGGGUUCCUUCCCCACCAACGCGCUCACCUACUGCGCCGCCACCACCAACUGCCUCACCGACGCCAACAACUGCGCGUCUAUUGGCAUCACACAGCGCACCCCCUCGGAAUGUGCCAUCUGUGGCACCAGCUUUGGCCAGGGCACGCUGUGCGGGGGUGUCACCUGCCUUGUCAACACCACCGGCGUCACGGCGCCUCCCACCGCCACAUCUCUCCCUCGCAACCUCUACUGCACGCCGGUUGCACUGGACACCAACACCACCACGACGCUGCUGGCGCUGAAGACGGUGCUGGGAGUGACGGCCACGGACUGGAGUGCAACGACGGUGGCACUGAAGCCCAAGGCGCUGAAGAGCAGCAGCGUGCCCCUCGCCACCAUGGUGGGCGCCUGCACCAUCGAGGGGCAGACCCCUGCUCCCGGCUCGUGGACCGGCGUCUUCUGCAACUCCGCUGGUGCCAUCGUCGCCCUGGUGAUGCCCAACCAGAAGCUCACUGGAAGCCUGUCGGCGGACAUCAGCAAGCUCACAGCUCUCACCGCGCUGGAUCUGAGCGCCAAUCUCUUCCAGCGGGGCCUUGAUGCGUUCGUGGCGCCUCUCACCGCUGUCAAGACACUCAAGUCGCUCUCGCUGCAGUACAACUGGUUCUCCAGCUCCAUCCCCUCCGCCCUCCUCGCCCUGCCAGCCCUCUCCAGCAUCAAGCUGAACCGCAACUACCUGACGGGGGUGGUGCCAGCCGUGGGGGCAGCGGUGAAGGCGCUCAACGUGGCGGGCAACUUCCUCUCGGGCUCCUUCCCCACCACCGGCCUCACGGCGUGCGAUGCGCGCUCCAACUGCUUCACAGACGCCUCCAAGUGCACCAACACGCUCGGCACCGCACAGAGGGCCGCUACAGAAUGCAACAUCUGUGGCACCACGGGGGCUGUCGGCCCGUUCUGCGGCGGCGGCUUCUGCAUCCCCAACGCCGCCGCGCCCGCUGCUGCCGGCACGCCCAACACGGAGGGGCAAGCGGUGCUGGCGAUGUCGUGCGUGGGUGGCCCCAUCGAGGUCACCAUGCGCGGCGUCAUGCUCAACCUCAAGGCGUCGCUGGGGGUGACUCUGACGGACUGGGUGGGCACGGCUCCGUGCAACAUCGCGGGGCAGGCCCCCGUGGCGGGGUCGUGGUCCGGCGUGGAGUGUGACUCGGCUGCCAAGGUCACCAGCAUCAACCUCACGAAUCAAGGGCUCAAGGGCAGCUUGCCUUCUGACAUCUACAAGCUCACCACUCUCACCUCGCUCGUGCUGGACAGCAACCUGCUGCAGGGCCGCCUGCCCUACUUCACCACCAACUUCAGAAACCUCGUGGCACUCAAGCGCUUCAAGGCUCGCUUCAACUUCUUCUCGGGCACGAUGCCCACCCAAACGCUGCUCUGGCUGCCCUUCCUCACCCACCUUGACAUGAGCUACAACUACCUCACAGGUCCCCUGCCCAGCGCCAUAGGCACGGCGCUCAAGACGCUGGAAAUUGGAGGCAACUUCCUGUCGGGCGCCAUCGGCAACUUCCCCGGCGUGGCGUGCUCGGCUGCGCUCAACUGCCUGACCUCCCAGGGCAGCUGCACCACCGGCGGCGUUCAAAACCGUGCCGGCUGUAACAUCUGCGGCAGCGCUGACGCCCAGGGCACUCUGUGCGGCGGCGGGCUGUGCGUGCCCAACGCCACAGCGGCUGUGGUGGCGGGACAGACCCCCACGCUGUCCACGCCCGUCAUGCCCAUGUACUGCACGGGGGUCAUCAUGAACACCGUCGCAGUCGCGGCGCUGCUCAACAUAAAGACGGCGUUGGGAGUGACCUUAUCGGACUGGACGGCCCCCACGACGCUGCUCAAGCCCAAGGCGGCGGCGGGCAGUGGCAGUGUGGCACUGACGGACUGGCUGACCACGGGUGGCUACUGCACAGUGGAGGGGCAGACGGCCGCUCCUGGUGCCUUUUCCGGCGUGCGCUGCAAUGCCCUCGGCCAGCCUGUCAGCCUGAAUCUGCCGUUCCAGAAGCUGACUGGCUCUCUCCACGCUGACCUCAGCAAGCUCUCUGCACUGACCGUGCUGGAGCUGAGUUACAACUUUCUCAGAGCACCCGUCGAGCCUUGGGCCUCGGCCAUCAAGCUGCUCACCAACCUGCUAUCGCUCAAGCUCAGCAACAACUAUCUCUACGGCUCUGUGCCCCUCUGGCUCGUCUCUUUCGCCAAGCUCACCAACCUCGAGCUGAGCGUGAACGCUCUCACAGGCACGUUCCCGGCACCCAUCUCCACCGCACUCAAACGUCUCAUGGUGGACCAGAACUUCCUGGGAGGCACCUUCCCGGCCAACAGCGCCACCUACUGCACGGCCUACUACAACUGCAUCCCCACCUACACCACCUGCAACUCGCUCAACCCCAACGCUCCCAACCCCAGCGCCAGCUGCCAGAUCUGCGGCAUGACAGACGGCCUGGGCACGGCGUGCAUGGGCAACCCGUGUGUGCCUGUGACGCCAUCGCCCAUCACAGCCAUCAACAAGUGGAGCCCCGCCCCCGCCAUGCGCUGCGACCCUGUACCCAUCCAGGCCACCCAAGCGUCUGCGCUGGUGGCCAUGACGCCGGGGCAGUGGGGGGCGCAGACCACGUGCACGUUGGCAGGGCAGCCCACCGCCGCCGGCACCUCCCCCUCCGUCUACUGCAACCCUGCCGGGCUCGUCCUCGAAAUUGUUCUCACGGGCGGCAAGGCCUCGGGCUCCUUCCCCAUCCACGUGUCAAAGCUCUCCGCGCUUACCAAGCUGGACCUGUCGGCCAACCUCUUCUCUGGCCGCCUUGACUCCUUCCUCGCGCCCUUCCUCGCCCUCAAGACUCUCAACUCCCUCCGCCUCCACCAGAACUACUUCUCGGGCUCCUUCCCGACCGGCAUCUCCGCCCUCACUGCGCUCACGGAGCUGCGGCUGAACCUGAACUACCUGACAGGCAGCAUGCCGGCAGCGCUGCCAGGGACCCUCAAGGUGAUCGACCUGUCGAGCAACUACCUGGUGGGCACCUUCCCCACCACCACCGCCACCUCCGUCGCCUGCGCCAGCAACUGCCUGCAGGACGCCUCCAAGUGCCCCGCCGGCUCUGCUCAGCGCGCUGCAGGCGCCUGUGCCAUCUGUGAGACGCCCGACGCCACGGGCAGCAUGUGCAACGGCGGCAUCUGCACGCCCACCGCCGCCACCACUGUCAACAAUGGCACCGCCGCGCUCUUCUGCGUUGGCUCCUCCAUGGAUCCUGCCAUGGCGGCGGCGCUGCUGAACGUGAAGGCGUCGAUGGGGCUGGCGUUCACCAACUGGGCGCUGGGCGCGCCCUGCACCAUGCAGGGGGUGCCGCCGCUGCCAGGCGCCUGGUCCAACGUCCUCUGCAGCCCCAACGGCAAAGUCGUCGCGCUCAAUCUGGCGCAGCAGUAUGUUCCAGGGACCAUGCAUGCGGACAUCUCCAAGCUCACUUCCCUCACCUACAUCAAUGUGCGCACCAACUACCUGGAGGGUCGUCUGGACGUCUUCACCACCAACUUCAAGGCGCUCACGGCGCUCAAGGAAGUCUACUUUGACUACAACUACUUCUCGGGGCCCAUCCCCUCCGCCCUCGUGGCCAUGGCCUCCCUCUCCACCUUUGGGGCGAGGUGGAACUACCUGUACGGUGCCGUGCCCCCUCUGGCCCCCGCACUCAAGACGCUCGCUGUGGACGGCAACUGGCUGUCGGGCACCUUCCCCGGCGCCGGCUUCUCCUCCUGCUCCGCCACCAAGAACUGCUUCGCCAGCAUCGGCGCCUGCACCACGGGAGGCACGGUGCAGCGCAACGCCACUACUGAGUGCGCCGUGUGCGACUCGCCGGACGGCACGGGCACCAUCUGCGGCGGCGGCACGUGUGUGCCCAACACAAUCAACAUAUACCCAAACGGCCCUUACUACGCUCCGCGACCGCGCUUCUGCGUGGGCGUGGCGCUGGACGCCACGCAGGGCAACAUCCUGCUGGCACUCAAGACCACGCUGGGUGCCACCUUCUCUGAUUGGACCGCCGCCACGCUCGCCGCCCCCAAGGCCACCUCCCCUAAGACCAAGACCGGCAAGAAGCCCAAGUCGGGGGGGAAGCGGCGCGUGCUGCAAGGGAGGGGGUCGAUGAUGCAGUAUGACUGGAAGCUGGUGGGGUCGUGCACCAUCCAGGGCCAGACACCCAUUGCUGGGGCGUGGACUGGCGUGCGCUGCUCUCCGCUCGGCCAAGUCGUCGCCCUUGAGCUGCAGGGCCGGCAACUGGGUGGCACAGUGCACUCGGACAUCAGCAAGCUCACCACCCUCACCUCGCUGCGGCUGUCGUCCAACCUCUUGUUCAACCGCCUCGACUCCUACAUCGUGCCCAUCACGGCCGCAGCCAGCCUCAAGGAGCUUUUUAUCAACUUCAACUGGUUCUAUGGCACCGUCCCCACCACGCUCGUCAACAUGGCUGCCCUCUCCGCUCUCGCGCUGAGCAGAAACUACCUCACGGGCACGCUGCCCAAGCCUGCGGCCACACUCAAGGCGCUCGACACGGAGUUCAACUUCCUCUCGGGCACCUUCCCCGCCGCCUCUCUGGGCUACUGCACCGUGCGCGGCAACUGCUUCCUCGACGCCUCUGCCUGCGUCAACUUCGACGGCACCUUGCAGAGAGGCGCCGGGUGCAACGUGUGUGGGUCGUCCAACGGGCAGCUGCCGAUGUGUGGCGGGGCCGUGUGCACGCCCGACCCCUCCGCGUAUGUGGCGGGCAAAGUGGCCAACAGCGCCAGCGCGCCCACCCUCGCCCUCAAGUGCCCCCCCUUGGCCCUUGAUGCCACGUCCUCGGCCGUGCUGCUCAAAAUCGGGGCGGCGCUGGGAGUGACGCACACGGACUGGAGUGCCAGCAGCACCUGCAACAUCAUUGGGCAGACCAUCGCCCCCAAGUCCUUCCCGGGUGUCUGGUGCAGCGGCAGCGGCGCCGUCGUCUCCCUCAAGCUGAACAACCUGAAGCUGGGGGGCACCAUACAUGCAGACAUGACCAAACUCACCAGCCUCACCUACCUGCACCUGGGUUAUAAUCUGCUGUAUGGCCGCCUCGCCACCUUUGUCUCCAGCAUCACCCCGCUCACCACUAUUGUCGUCCUGAACCUGAGCUUCAACUACCUCUACGACAGCAUACCCUUCGCUCUUCUCAACAUGCCAUCCCUCACCGAAAUAGGGCUGAGUGGCAACUACUUGACGGGUGUGCUGCCGAGCGUGUCAACCAAGGUGCAGGCCAUUACCGUGGCCAACAACUUGCUUGCGGGCACCAUCACGUCACAGGCCUACAAGUACUCCGACUUCCGCAACAACUGCUUGAGCCUCUUUGGCAUCCCCCAGCGCACCACCGGCUGUGCCAUCUGUGGCACCACCAAUGCCGUGCCGCCGCUGUGCAGCGGCGCCCCCUGCGUUCUCAACGCCACGGACGCCCUGGCGGCCGGCACGGUGAACAACCUCACGGCGCCCCUGCUGCCCUUCUACUGCGGCCGCCCCGCUAUAGACGCCACUGCUGCGCAAACACUGCUGGUGCUGAGGGCGGCGCUGGGAGUGUCGCAGAGCACGUGGCUGCUGGACUCGCCGUGCGACGUGGUGGGCAACCCCCCCAUGCCGGGCAGCUGGGCGGGCGUUGGCUGUGAUAUUGCCGGCCAAGUCGUACAGCUUGAUCUGGUCAACAUGGGUCUCAGAGGGAGCCUGCCUGCCGACUUGACGAAGCUGACGGCUCUCACCAAGAUCAACCUGGCGUCCAACCUGUUGGAGGGGCGCCUGGCCGAGUGGGGCACCAUGCUCACCACCGUCAAGUCGCUCAAGCACCUCGCUCUCAACUACAACUGGUUUUCCGGCACUCUGCCAGCCUAUCUGCUCUCUCUCUCGACCCUCACAACCCUCAACGUGCACUACAACUACCUCACCGGCUACCUGGCCCCCAUAGCAGCAACCCUCAAGACCAUCAACGUCGCCUCCAACUUCUUGGCGGGCCCCUUCCCUGCGUCCUCCACCACCAUGUGUGACGCGCGCAACAACUGCCUAAGCAGCGCCGCCAACUGCGUCUCGUCGGGCUCCUCCGUGCAGCGCGCUUCCUGCACCAUCUGCAAUGGCACCGCCGCCAAUGUGCUGUGCGGUGGGGGCGUGUGCUCGCCCAACACGGACGGCCAGCUCGCCUCCAAGACGCCCAACAGCGCCACCGCUGGCGUGCUGCCCAUGCGCUGCACUGGAGUUCGAAUCGACCCCGCAGCUCUGCCGAUCCUGGCGAACUUGAAGACGGCGCUGGGAGUGCCGCACCCAGGGUGGGGCGAGCAGACGAUGUGCACGGUGUCGGGCAUCCCCAAAGGCCCUGAGGACAUGCCUGCCGUGUACUGCAACUGGCAGGGCAAGGUCAUCGACCUCUUCCUCAAGUGGCGCCUCAUGCGCGGCGUCAUGCACCCCGACAUCUCCAAGCUCACCGGCCUCACCGCCCUGGACCUGUCGGGCAACUUCCUGUCGGGCCGCUUGGACCCGUUCAUCACGCCGCUCACCGGCCUCGCCGGCAUGAAGAUCCUCAUCAUGAACUACAACUUCUUCUCCGGCUCCAUCCCCUCCACCGUCUCCUCCAUCAAGAACCUCUUAAUGCUGAGCCUGGGGUGGAACUACCUGACGGGCACGGUGCCGGACAUGCCACCGAAGCUGAAGGUGCUGGACCUCGAGUACAACUGGCUCUCGUACACCUUCCCGACGGCCACCACCACCACGUCCACGUGGGACUUCUGCACCGUGCGCCAGAACUGCUUCAUCGACCCCACCCCCUGCGGCAAUGGCAACAUCAUCCAGCGCUACUCCUGCGCCGUGUGCGGCACCAAGGACGCCAACGGCACGCUGUGUGGUGGCACCACCACGUGCCAGCCCGACCCCGCGGCCGUCAGGGCCGCCACCAAUCGCCAAACCAGUGGCGCCCCCCAGCUCGCCAUCACCUGCCCCCCCCCACAGCCCGUCGCCACCGACGCCACCGCAGUGGGGGCGCUGAUGAACAUCAAGAUGGCGCUGGGAUUGACGUACACGGACUGGGCGUCCACCUCCACCUGCGCGGCUGCUGGCACGGCCCUCGGGGGCUUCACUGGCGUCGAGUGCAACUCGCUUGGCAACCCCGUCAAGAUCACCCUGGACAGUCAGAAGCUGUUUGGCAUUCUGCAUGCUGACAUCACCAAGCUCACUGCACUCACAUUCCUCUCGCUCAAGUCGAACCUCUUCAGGGCGCGCCUGGACGAGUUUGCCAGCAAGAUUCCAUCGCUGCCCAACCUUGCAGUGCUCCUGCUGGACUUCAACUGGUUCUACGGCAGUCUGCCCCCUGGCCUCGUCGCCAUGCCGAAGCUCACGCGCCUCGGCCUGUCCUACAACUACCUCACAUACCGCGUGCCUCCACUGGCGGCGGGGCUCAAGGACAUCGAUGUGGGCUUUAACUUCCUCUCGGGCUCCUUCCCGGCCAACUCCGCCACAUCAUGCGGCGCCAACAACAACUGCUUCCUCGCCGCCACCACGUGCGCCACCAAGGGCACGGCGCAGCGGGCGACCGGGUGCAGCUUCUGCCUCUCCGACACGGCGCAGGGCAUGCUGUGCUAUGGCCGUGGCAUCUGCACCGUUGACGCCACCGCUCCCUUCGCCGCCGGGACGCCCAACGCUGUCGGGGCCACCACGCUGCCGCUGGCUUGCAUUG